AUGGAGAGCACUACACCGCGGUUAUUGAGAUCUGAGAGUAUAAAGACGACGGAUGAACAGACCAACGCUAUGGAAGAAAGAGUGCCCGCAAUGGGACUCGAUCAAGUGGGCAAAAUACCAUUGAUGUCGAAAAUUGUCCAGAAUAUUAAACUCCAACUGGGAAAGCAGUCUCCAGCCGACGCGUUUAAGAUCCUCCAGCUCGACCAAACGGGGAUAAACUUGUUUAAAAGUCCUCGUUUUAUCAAGUGGAUUGAGUUCGUAAAGAAUACCAACAAGAACAACCCGGAGCUUGCAAUAUUCACAACACUGGCAAGCCGCUACAGCGACGACGCAAUGGCAAAAAUGUUUGCUGCAGCUAAAGAAAUCGACGAAACCAAGGCUGUUGCCACCAAAUUGGAGGAGAUACAGCUUACCAAAUGGAUUAGCACUAACAAGUCUCCCAGGGACGUUUUCAACAUUUUGGAGCUCGAACGGAUGGGAUCACAAGGUCUUGCAAGCCCACAGUUUUCCAGGUGGACUGACUUCAUCACUAAAGCUAACCCGACGGACUCGGAAGCUGUUAUUUACACCAGGUUGAGAGUACAUUACAAUGACGAAGCUCUGGCCAAGAUGUUUGCUGCAGCUAAAGAAAUCGACAGCGCCAAUGCUCUCGUUUCUAAGUUGGAGGGAAUUCAGCUGGCGAAAUGGGAGAGCGCACGUAGUUCUGGAGAUUACGUGUUCAAGGUCUUAAACCUCGAUAAGACCGAUAUCCAACUAUUCAAGAGCCCCAUUUUGAACACCUGGGCUGCGUAUAUCGCCAGAAUCCACCCCGACAAUCCAAGUGAGGUUAUCUUUGCAAAGCUGGCUACACUUUUUAAAGACGUUUCAGCACGUUCGGAGAUGAUUCAAGCUGCGACCAUGGCUCCGAGCACGAAGAAACUGGCUAGCGAUGUUCGACUCGUGCAGUUUCGGCAUUGGUUGGAUGAGGGGUUAACUCCAAAGCAGCUAAACGCUAUGUUGGGUGUUUCCAACACGGACAACUUGACCAAGAAACUUUCGAAUUCUUACAGAAAAUUCUAUUGGCGGGCCAAGAAAGUACUGGAGUAG